AUGCCUCCUCCUCCUCCACCACCUCCGCCGCCGCCGCCCGGCUUUGGAGGUCCUCCCCCUCCUCCACCACCUCCGCCCCCGGGAGGCGGUGCUUUGCCGGCGCGUCCGCCUGCUGGAUUGCCGAAUAGGGGUGCCUUGCUACAAGACAUCGGCAAAGGAAAGGCGUUGAAGAAAACUGUCACGAACGAUCGAUCGGCCCCAAUCAUCGGCAAGGUAUCUGGAGGCGGAGGUCCCGGCCCAUCUUCUCUCGGUGCCCCCCCCGUUCCUGGCCUACCUAAAGCUCCCAGCGGUCUCGCCCCUCCUUUGCCUGGAAAUCGUGGGAGAAGUAAUAGCGAUCAGAGUGAUAGACAUCAACCGGCACCAAGCACAGAUGGACCCCCACAACUAGCUGGCCUAUUUGCUGGAGGCAUGCCAAAACUGCGCAAAACAGGUGGGGGCGUUGAUACUGGUGCAAGUCGAGAGUCUUCCUAUCUCUCAGAUCCAGAAUCUUCCAAGUCAGCACCAAAGCCUCCAACAAUAUCCGCUCCGAGACCUCCAGUGGGGGCGGCUCCUGCUAUACCAGGAAGGCCAUCACUACCCAGCACAUCGAGCGCCCCUGCUUUCAAUCCAUCGGCUGCCAAUCUCCGAAAAACAGGUCCGCCGCCAAUUAUUGGCAAAAAGCCACCCCCGCCACCUCCGAGUUCUCGCAAGCCUUCGGGAGCCCCUCCACUUCCAGGCGCACCAGCACCCCCUCCUCCGUCCUCGGCCCCACCCCCUCCGUCGUUUUCGGCCCCUUCGCUUCCUCCCGCCCCUCCUCCGCCUCCUCCGUCUGCAGCUCCACGACCACCGCCGGCUCCAGCCCGCUCACAACCGCCACCGCCGCCUGCUCCAGCCGCGGCCACAAAUAAUAUCUCGCAGAGUAUCGCGGCUCAAGCAGCAAUUCGUGCGGCAUCCAGUGUAUCGUCUCCUGCGUCAGCCCCUCCUCCACCACCACCCCCUCCCUCGAACGAUGCUCCUCGCUCGCCGGCACCACCCCCUCCUCCUUCAGCGGCGCCAGCUCCCCCCUCUCUAAGCCAUACUCCAUCCAGCGCUUCAGGUCGAGCGUCUCUACUUGAUCCGAGCAAUUUCACGCUUGUGCCAAAUGGUGGAGGAGCCAAGACCCCAAGUCCAACACGGAAUGUGUCGCUAUCACACGGUCCAAGUGGAGGUGGCGGUGGUCGCUACGUAGUACAAGACUCGAGGUGGAAGUUUACUAGUGAGGAGAACUUUCCGAAGCCAAGGGACUUUGUGGGAGGCCCAAAGAGGUAUCGUGCUGGUCGGGGAAGCAGUGUGCCGCUUGAUCUGGGUGCUCUUUAG